CGUCGAACUCCGCACCAGUCUGCCUACGACCUGCUAUGCGUGUGGGCGUCACCGUGCUGGUUGUUACAGUCGCCGCUCUGGUUAGCGCGAGUGGCGCGUUGACGACCGAUCUCUCCAAAUCCGCUUCCAUCCACCUUGAACCCUCAUCUGUUGCUGCCCACGACAGAAUCAACACCCAGCAGCAUUUGAGGAAGCAUGAUAGCAAAAUUGGUCGAUACACGGACGGCGAAGAGAGAAACUUACCGGUCUGGUUGACAGAUAAUAUCGCUGGUUUCGUGGCGUGGUUGACCAAACUAGACGAAAUGGAUGCCAAGGCAGCGCACAUGAUCAAGGGCAAAACCGUAGAGGAAUCGGAAGCAAUCUUCCAUAAACUAACGGACGAGGUGUUGGACUUGCUGAAAGGGAUGGAGAUCAAGGAAAAAAUUACUCCAGCAACACUAAAAACUCACCCUAAGUUCAAGCAACUAUCGAAGAACGAAGCUGAAUACCUGCAGGAGUAUUUCAACAAGUAUUGGGAUAUUUUUCCGCGGCUGAAAACUGUGAGUGGCUGA